CCCCCGCCAGAGCAUUUCCUGUACCAGGGCAAAGCCGAUUGUUACUACACCAACGGCACCCAGCGCGUGAGGUAUGUGUCCCGGGACAUCUGGGACCGGCGGCAGGACGUUCACUUCGACAGCGACGUGGGCGUGUGGGUGGCCGACACGGAGCUGGGGGAGCCUGACGCCAAGUACUGGAACAAGGUGGAGCUGGAGCUCAGACGGGGCGUAGUGGACAUGGUCUGCCGACACAACUACGGGGUGUUGGAGAACUUUAUCAACACGCACAAAGGUGAGUUCUGCCGAUACAACUACGGGGUGUUUGAGCGAGGCCACGUGAUCGGCGGCAGCGGGGGCUUUGUGCUGGGGCUGAUCUUCCUGGCGCUGGGUCUCCUCGUCUACCUGAGGAACAAGAAAGGGGAAGCUUUGGCAGCUGGUGGGGCAGACUCAUUUUGUUCAGCCCAAUGUAAUGUAGAUCCUCAGCCCUGCAGGUGUGAAAGGCCUGCAAGUGUCAGUUGUUCUGGACUCACCAUUACCCUAGAUAAUCAGGGAGGGAUGUGGAACAGGGGAAGGAUUGUCUCACCUACACCAGACCCAGGGAGAAAAUGUCCCGCUUCAUUAUAAAUGGCAGAGAGGAGCAUAACAGACCUGUCCUGCAGUCAGGAAAUGAGGAGCAGCAGCAGAAAGGAGAAAGCACUGCUCAUGGCUCUGCUCCCUGUGGGGACCAUGCAGCUUUCUUGCCCACCUGGGAACUAGCAGAAGCUGCUCGUACCAUAUUUCUCCCAUAUACUGCUCACUGCAAUUUCUUGCAGGUGGAGUUUUGGGUGUUAUUUUUUCUUUCUUAAGGAAAAGUGCCUGCAGUAUGAGAGGAUAAUACAUUUUCUU